AUGAAGAAGUACUCUACACACUCAAGCCCCUUCGGCUGUCAACCUGUUACAGUGGUGUACCGUUUAAAGAAUAAACUUUUGCGCUGGAUGCUGGGCAAUUACCGAUUUGGAGAAAGUUGCAUUUACUUACAUAAGCUAAUACUUUCACUAGUCCUCAAACCUGUUCAAGUUCGCUUGCAGAUGGCUUUCGUCUACUGUAUUUUGGACAAUGUUCCACAAUUUCCUGUCGUCAAUGGACAGGGUGUCAUCACAGUCCAGGUCCCCGACAUAGCAAUUGAUGAAAAGAAGGAAUAA